GAGAAAUGUCUGUCACACUGACCACACAUUGUCUGGAUGGGUUGGAGGUGGACUGUAACAGCUCACAUGGAGAGAAUUUAAAAGGGAUCUGGACAAGGCAAGGAGGCAGGCACAGAGAAGGGAAAAGCAGAAGCAGAAAAGCGAACAUCAUGGAGCUACAAACCUUCUUUCUGUUGGUCUGUCUGUUAAGAACAAGCUUUGCUUUGCCAGUGCAGAUUGGAAUUCUUGCAAGCAACAGCAAUGAGAUCCUGAGACUGAACGGACUAACUCUUGCAGCUCUUGGACAAACACAGGCGUCUUCAAUAUUACCACAGUAUGUGCUGCAGCAGCAGCAGCCUGAGGUGCUGCUCACUCCACAGGUGGUGAACUUGAACCCACAGGUGGCUGGUCCUUUUGGUCCCCAGGGCCCUCAGCUGUUGUUCCCCAACCAGGGAAACCAGCUAACGCCUGUGCUCGUCCCCAAUGGCCAGCAAGAGCAGCUCGGGCCUCCACAGGACCCCAACGCUCCUAACAUUCCACAGCAGGCCCAAAACCCAGUGCAGAUGUUUCCACAGUUUCAGUAUCCUGCUUAUGGAUUUCCUCAGUUCCCCAGACAGCAGGGCUUCCCGUACUUUGUGCCUUCUUAUGGCUAUCCCCAGCAAAGGAAUACCGUGGUGCUGCAGCCCAACAAGGGUCAGCAAAACCUGGAGAGGACCACACAGAGACCACAGCUCCCUCUGCAGCAGGCUUCCCAGCCGAAGUUGCCGACAGAAAAAACAUGGCCACUGGGGACACAGAAGGAGUCUACUACAAUUCCUCCUGAUCCUCGUGGCGACACAUCUGGCCCUGGGAUUGAUGAGGGUCAGUCCAACUUCCCCUUCCUGUUUGAGCCAUAGAUGUCACAUGGCAAAUAACAACAAGGUGAUUAGGCAAAAAUUAAUUUCCAUGUGUUUGGCUGUUGUCAAUGCCAACUCAUUUUCCUACAAAAUACACUUGAGUGUGCUAUUCUCCUAAACGCAAUUUAUUUGUACUGAGUCAUUUGUAUAAUAAACUGAAUGCUUGUGGAAUGUGUGCUUCUCUUUCACAAUAUGUCAAAUAAAAAACUUUGCCAAAGA